CUUUGAACGGCACAAUGACUGCCCACGACUGACCUUUGAACGGCACAAUGACUGAGCAAAGCGUUGUUAUUUAAUCAGAGAAAUAGACAGAGAUAGUAAUUUAAACUUUUGAAAUGAUUCAAGUAUUUUGUCAAUUGACCAACUGGCAUGGUCUUAUCUUUUAUCGAAAUAUAACUGUUGCAAUUAAAUGACCCAUUUCUGAAAUUAGCCUAUUUUUCAAUUCAAAGUGUAUUGGUCAUGUGCACACGAUAGGGUGUAAACCGGCAAUAGGUUUGAUAUCGAAACUAGCUAUAGCUUUAGGGAAUCAUUAGUCCAAAAUUCUAGCGAUUUAACGAAAAUGUUAUCUUUAAUUACAUCGUUUCUUCCGAGUUUACCUGGAUGGCUGACGCUCGAUGCAACCCCCCUGGACAGUCUACUCCAAGGACUUAUCGGCGCAUGUGGGAUCUCUGUUCUCUGUAACCUGUUGAGAGUACACGUAUUCUUAGAGGCUGAAAGUUCAAGCAACAAAAGCAGCAGUAAAGAGACAUCUAUGCAGAAGAAAUCAAGGCAUCAAGCCAGUGCUACAUUUGGGCUGAGUGGAACUCUCCAGUUCUUGUUCCUGUCAGUGAUGCUGGCUGUAGUGGGCUCUCGGGUUGCCUCCCUGGUGGUUCUAGAGUUCUCCCUCAGAGCAGUGUCAGCUUGGGUCACAGCUGGACCAGAGUCCAGUAGGUUCCUACAGCAGCUGCUGGUCCAGUGCCAGUUCUCCCUGGGUUGUGCCCUCAGCUGCAGUCUCCAUUUCCUCCACGAGGGGGCGCCGCAGCGCUGGCUCUGCCUCCUCCUAGCUGCAGGACUGAGCUGGUUCCUUGCCAGCCAGACUGGGCGCCUGCGGCUCCAUGUCACUGCACUGUACAAACUACACAGUUCCCAGCGCUACUGUGGAGUGUGCAUUGCACUGCUCACAUCAGGUUGCUCUUUGUUACCACACCUGACCAGGGCCCUUAUGCUCAGCUUUGCAGUGGCUGCCAUUUCCUCCAUAUCUAUAAUAAACAAACACUUCCUCUCAGCUACAGAAGCCCUCAGGUUCUGGACUCCACUGACAAUCUGCUACACACUGCUGGUGGUGUAUAUGCAGGAGGAGCAACAUCGCCAGCCAAGUGGCCAAGCUGUUAUAAACACAGUGGUGGUGCGUCUGGGGGGGCUCAUGGUCCUGAUGCUGACUGUCGGCCGCUGGGCAGAUGUGCUCCAUAUCCUUCUGUGCUUCCUGGGUGAGGCUGGCUGUCUGAUACCCUCCAGAGACCUGUUGGAUGCUACAACACAGGAUAUGGAGGAAGUUCCCAGACAUUCCCAGGGUAGUGAGAACUGUAGGAAACACCUGACACCUGGCAAAGACCACCAGAGUUAAGUCAUGGGAAGAAACUAUUCGUGCUAGGAAUCUUUCUUAGCAAUAGUCUAUUAUAUUCUAUUAUUAUAAUCAUAUGAAUUGACAAGUGUUGCCUUUUAUACCUAGGAAGGAUAUAAUGAAAAUAAUAAUAAAAUUGUAUUAUGACACAUCUA